AGAGAUGUGUUGAAGGGUAGUCGGUUGGUAACUGCAGCAAUGAUAUGGCGAUCGCUAUUGCGAGUGCACCUUAUAGGUGUAUUGAGUGUUGCGAAGAAGCGAUCGAACUGUACAAGGAUUAUACCAACGGGGUCCUGAAAAUUAGUAGAUGUUCAUCUUGCCAAAAGCCUGUGGACAAGUAUAUUGAAUAUGACCCUGUUAUCAUUUUGAUUGAUGCUAUAUUGUGCAAAGCACAAGCUUUCAGACACAUUAUCUUUAAUACUGAAGUGAAUAUUCAUGGAAAACUUGGUGUUUUUUGCUUAUUAUGUGAAGCCUACCUAAGGUGGUCACAGCGCCAAGGUGCACAAAGAAGCAGUGACCCUGCAGAUUUUAUCCGUUACACAAAAGAAUGGGACUUCUAUCGGAUGUUUGGACUGGCAUUGUUUGAGCUUGUCAUGUUUCUAAUGGGAGUGUUUGCUUUUUUGUGGCCUAUAAAAUGGUAUGCGAAUAUUGAUCUCGAUUCUGCAAAACUUUUAAAAGCACUGCUUUUGUCAAGUUAUGGAAAACUACUGCUUAUUCCUGCUGUUAUUUGGGAGCAUGAUUACUCAAAUCUUUGCUUCAGCCUCAUUAAACUUUUUGUACUCACUUCAAAUUCCCAAGCGAUCAGAGUCAUCCUAAACAGCAGCAGGUGGCUCUCUCUCCUCGCUGUGUUAAGUGGAUUGCUCAUGGAAACGUGUAUGGCUUACAUGUUUCAGAAAGUGGAAUGGAGCCUUUAACACUCUGAGGUGCUACAGUUUAUCCCAAGGUCUGUCUGUCUGAUAAAGUCAGCUUGUACUGUGAAAACCAAAAGGACAAGAAUAAGUGACAGUAUGCUAUAGACAGUAAAACUAGAAACCAGUAUCCAUUGCCUCUCCUGAUUGUAUCUGUUUGUUUAAUGUUUACUUUGUGCUGCUUUACUUCUGUGACUAUUAAAUUAUAUAAAACUGCAAA